AUGUGGAAUCGUUUCCAAGGAAGGCAGCUUAUUUCUGCCUUUCGAUCGAGAUUCAGGCGAUUCACAUCGCUGUCGUUCAACAGGAGCGACCUAUCUGAGCUAAAAUCCCUCCAUGCUAAACAACUAGGCAAGAUAGCUCUAGACGUGUCUAGGUGCAGUAAUAGCGACAUACAUCUUUGGAGAUCCUUCGUCGAGUGCUGUGCACUCAAGGUUGACUCCUUCGAUGGCAAGGACACGUUGCGCGUUUGGAAGGGCAUCUGCGCCUUCUACCGCAACUACGACUAUGUUGUGAGGGAUGAAGAUGCCGAUUUCAUCAACCAGCUCAUUUUUCGAAGCCAUGAAGUGAGCAGAGCGUACACGUGCGAUGAGCUCAGCCAAUUGGCUGAGUUUGUCUGCGACUUCGCAGCGACGAACAGCCACUUUCUGGAGGGGGCAACGGCGCUGUUUUCUAAAAUCAGUGUGAUGUUCAACCUGCGUCUUGCCGAGGCUUCACCGUAUGGCGUGGUGCGCUUGUUGGUAUCGUUUUCGCGUUUGGGUAUUAGGGACUGCCACCUUCUGGAAUCCCUUGCGAAUUUCAUUUGUAAAAGCGAUGGGUUCAGCGCGCACGAUUUGCGAACCAUAUUGACGUCGUACGCGCUCUCCAGUUAUCGCAACGAUGCGCUGCUCAAGCACGCCACGGAUAGUUUUAAUGCACAUCCUGGGCUUACCCUCAACGAGCUUGCGAUACUGUCGUUUGCGUAUGCGACGUUGGAAUAUUGUACUGCGGAUGUUCACGCGCUUUUCCAACGUCACCUUGUGCAUGAAGGCGAAGGCUCUGGUACGGGCAUACUGGAUGCAGAUGGCCCACAAGUAGAUUUGCCUCUCUUCUGUUCGAAUUUGGAUCGCCUGGGCGUUAAGGUACCGCGCACUGUGAUAGACCGAAUCAACAUUGAGACGCUGCCUUCGGAGAGUUUUUUUAAGGUGACGGUGCGUCACAAGGUAAGGUAG